AAGCCUAGUUGACAUGAGGGCUGUGUCUUGGCAGGAAAAAAGAAAGAAAUACUGAGAAGGAACUUUUGGCAUGCCAGGAGAAAUGAGCAGCAUUCCUAGAUUAAGUAGACAGAAUAAUGGCACUACGGCAACACAGCUUCCACACGGCCAGCUCCAGCAUGGAAUCCUUCAAGCACAGCAGCACAUGUCACGUCGACAGUGGCAGCAGGUUGGUGUGACGAAACCAGAGCACUUCUUGAUAAUCAAGGCUCAGAUAACUAAGCUCAACCUGUCUGAGGGACUGCCUGAUUUCAUUCCAGGUCGCCUGGAGGACUGGUUAUCUCUGCUUGGCCUGAAGGAAUACACAGCUUUACUGAAGCAGCAGAAGUAUGUCUCUGUGGUGCAGACGACACAACUCACCUGGGAAGAUUUGGAGGACUUUGGCAUAAUCAAGCUAGGCCAUCAGAAGUUAAUGUUGGCCAUCAAGCGUGUCAAAGACACCAUAGCAGGCAAGAACUUCACCACUUGUCAGCAGCCAGUGUACAGGGCUCAUGAUACCAAGAUUACUUGUGCCUGUGAAGGACGGGAACAGUUCAAUGGAGUCCCUGAGCUCCAGUCAUUCGUUGCUCCUGGCCCAAAGCCUCAAGCCAGGCCUGCACAUUCUUGCCCCAGAUCAGGGAAGGUCCAGUACUGGCCAGCAGUUGCAGCUGGGCAGAUCAGGCAUGAUGGCGGGGGACACAGAACCCGUUCUUUGGCAUGCACCUGACAUUCUACCCUGAGCGCACAUCAGCAGAUCAUCCACAAGGCCCAGUGUCACUUGGCAAUCUCCCACCAAGACCAUCUGCACCUUCAAAUCAAAAUUUACCUCAUCCUCAGAGAUCUAUAGAAGACAGUGACAUCACGCCAAUUAACAAGUAUGCAGAUGUUUACAAAGGUGGAGGAACUUUUCCCAGACAUAACUCUGCUAAUAAGUUCAGACCCACUGCUAAAAUGAUGGCAAGUACUCUAGCUGACAUCCAUGAAUUACCACAGGGAAUGCCAAAGAAAAUUCCGCCUAGGCCUCCCCGCUGGUCAAGCUCUAUCAAGGACAUCUCGAAGGAAGUAGCAAGUCAGGACAGCCUGUGGCGAGGGUUGUCUUGUGUCAACUUGACUGAUGAUGUCACCACUGACCUCCCAUCACCUGCUCCUG